AUGACACACAUGCAGACUGAGCUUGAAACAUGCAGAAAAUCUAACGAAGAGUAUCGGACCAGGCUUCGCGACAUGGAACUGGACAACGACGAGCUGGAAGGUAAAGAGAGGAUGGUGGCCAGUUCCCUACAAGUUGUUGAAAGCAAGUACGGGAAAGCAAUCGAAAGGAUCACUUUACUCGAAGACGAACUGAUCGAGAUAUGCAAACUGGAAGAAGAACAUCAGAGGCUCAAAGAUGAUCUGAGAGAUAUGACCGAAGAACUAGCCGUCCUGCGUGAACAUCUAGCCAACUCGACCAUCUCACCGGCAGAUGACGUAACACGUCGCGUCUUUUCACCAAGCCCUGAAGGCUGUCAACUCACCGCCACCGCCCGAACAUUUUCAGAAACCCCUCUCAGUGAGCCUGGAUUGGAAGUGCUGAAGGACACAGACGAGAUGUCGUCACCCUCGCGACCGAUGAUCAGAACCAAGCCAACCUCGAUGGCGGAAGCCCGAGAUUCCCCUCGACGCAGGCUGAGCUCAAUGGCUGCUGAAAUUGGCUCCCCCAAGUCACAAAACGCCAAGCCCUUGACUGCCAUCCAACUGAAGAAAGCUGGUUCUCUUCGCGUCAAGCCUGCUCAGUCCGCCCCUAAUAAGCCGCUUCAAACCCUCUUCUCGCCCGACCAGCGCUUGGCAACAUCGACCACUGCAGGUUCCAGAACACGACGCUCUCAAUCCCGAAGCCGGCCGUCUCUAGAAACGCCCCUGAACCCUAGAAAUCUGACCAAAGGAAGCUCCCAUUCCCAGUCCCUUCGUGCUGAGACGGAACGGAUGCAAGAGAUGACGAAGAAACUGGUCAGCUCGAGGAACUUGCGGACGGUCAGUGCCAUCCCGGUACCGCAGACUUCCCUUCUGACUAGGUCGGUCCACUCUAAAUCGGCUGCACACAUCAAUUCCGCCCUCGAUCGAAGCAGUACCACUCGCAGCCCAAGAAGGCACCCCAAUGCAAUCACUGUCACCGCAUCCCGAAACGUCACCCAACCAGAUACCUCGCAGGAUAAAGAUCUUGACACCGGUCAGUCUCUUCUCUUCAACGCUUUUUAUCUGUAG